AUGGAUCAAAUUGAGGCCCAACCAUUCGUAUUUUUAGGAAUAAAAGUCAAGCCAGGACCUAUUGAACGGUUUAAGCUGGAAAACUUCAGUCUUGACAACACUGUUAGCAUUCUUAAGUCAGAAGCUGAGAAAAAAACUAAUAUAGCACCAUCGUCUUUAGAACUGAUACACCAUGGUAAAAUACUUCGUGACAGUACUACUCUCCGUGAAAAUGGGGUUAAAAAUGGUGAAAUGGUUCAUGUUGUAAAGAAAAAGGAACAGAAUCCUCCAGCACCGCCACCAACCUUUAGUGAUGCAGAAUUACAACAUUUGAACUCAUCAAUGAGAACUUUGGGCUGUACACCCAAUGCGCCUGGCUGGACACGAGCCAUGCAGUUAUUAAAUGAUGAGUCUGUCAUAUCUGACAUAAUAGAGCAAACUCCAUCAUUAGCCGAAGACUGUACAACUAUAUCAAUUUUACAUGAAGUGGAGUUACUCGCUGCUCUAGGUGCCAAUGUUCAAACAAUGAGAAGGGGAACAGAUGCCCAUCCUGAUCUCCCAAAUGCAUUGAGAAAUCUAUUAAGACUAGUCUGUUCAAGAUGUCAUGCACCUGGUACUGAAGCAACACCUACAUCUGGUUUUGCCUACUCUUUGGAAGCACUUUCGGAAGAUGAAGAUGCUGAGGAAGAAGAAGGUGAAGAGACUGAAGGUAGAAGUGCAAUCACACAGGAGCAGUUUACUGCAGCUUUACAGGCAGCCACCGAAGCAGUCCGUAUAGGCGGUGGACGUCAAGAAAACCUGUUGCGGUUGCUACAAGCUGCUGGACAAUCAGAACCACAAGCGACUGCCUCUGGAACAAGCAGUGAUGCCCCAGCUGCGACUAGUACCCCACCAGUUAUAACAUCGGAAAUGUUUUGUGACGCACUUACUCAGGCUAUUACACAUUAUACAAGGACAGGUUCAUCACCCACCCCCAUGGAACAGAGUACUGAAGCAUCAUCAUCGCAAAGUCCAGUGGCCCGGGACGAAGAUUUCUCCACACAACUAAAUCAUAUGCACGAGAUGGGAUUACUGGAUGACGCAUUAAAUGUUCGCGCUUUACUCAUAUGUUCUGGUGAUGUAAAUGCUGCUAUCAAUCUCGUGUUUAGUGGAGCAAUUGGAGACGAUUAA